AGUGUGCAGCUCAGUAUACUCAAACCAUCGACAAAGCUCGCUUGCUUAUACGCACACUUGAAGCAGUAGUACAAGCUUUGUACGAUGACACAGCUACACUGCUUCUCACGAUGCAGCGAAUUCGUCAUCUUACCUGCAGAGCCUCACGGCAAGAUCGCAACUUGCAGUGCAAGUACCUAGACACGAUCUCCGUCUCUCUCAAGUCAAAUAUCCAACUCCUCAUGCAAACCCUUGAUACACUGCUUUCCCUCGGCCACGAUCAAGCAGACAUGGCACAAGGGGAAUAUACAGGUGCAAUAGAGUGGCGCAUGUCACUGUUAAGCAUCAUUGACAGCAACUUUGAUGCCCAUCCCAUGUCGGUCCUCAACCCCACAGAUCCAGAAAGCGAAGACAUUGUUGAUAUCGAAGUUGCUUUGGGUGCAUCUGGAAUGAAAAAGUCUGCGGCCAUCCUCGGCGACCGAACACUAGCAUUCUGAAGUCAAUUGCAAUUGUCUGACACCACCAUUACCC